ACAUCCACUGCUGUUCUCGUCACGGCUGGUCGCCAUAUUAAACCUGACGGAAUCGGCGACGCUCCGCGGUAGGGAUCGCGAGGGGCCCCUCUCCAAAACAAAUCCCGAUUUACACCUUCAUUCCCUUAAUUCGCCCCGGGAAUCAUUUAUGCAUCGGACUGAAUAAGUCAGUCUUUUCUCAGACAGGAGCUGUCUGGGAAGGAGGUUUAGUUUUAGUGUUUGAGAUAUGAGUACUUUGACCCAGCGGAGCUCCGGCCUGGUGCAAAGACGCACCGAGGCUUCGCGCAGCGCUGCGGCCGCAGACAGAGACCGCGGAUCAGGCGACGAGGACUACGAGCCCCGCCGUGGAGACGAGCAGGACGAGGAUGACAGCGGUGAUUCCAAGGAAACCAGACUGACCCUGAUGGAGGAAGUACUACUGUUAGGCUUGAAAGACCGCGAGGGCUACACCUCCUUCUGGAAUGACUGCAUUUCAUCAGGCCUGCGGGGUUGCAUGCUCAUUGAGCUGGCCUUACGAGGGAGACUGCAGCUGGAGGCCUGUGGCAUGAGGAGGAAAAGCCUGCUUGCCCGGAAGGUUAUAUGUAAGUCUGAUGCUCCGACGGGGGAUGUGCUGUUGGAUGAGGCUCUGAAACACAUAAAAGACACUCAACCGCCCGAAACCGUGCAGAGCUGGAUAGAGUUACUCAGUGGUGAGACAUGGAACCCAUUGAAGCUUCACUAUCAGCUGCGUAACGUCCGAGAGCGCCUGGCUAAGAACCUCGUAGAGAAGGGCGUCCUCACCACCGAGAAACAAAACUUUCUUCUGUUCGACAUGACUACACACCCCCUUACCAAUAAUAAUAUUAAGCAGCGCCUUAUUAAGAAGGUGCAGGAGGCCGUACUGGACAAGUGGGUGAACGACCCUCACCGAAUGGACAAGCGUCUUCUGGCCCUUAUAUUCCUCGCCCAUUCCUCUGACGUACUAGAGAACGCGUUCGCCCCGCUGCUGGAUGACCAGUAUGAUCUGGCCAUGAAGAGAGUACGGCAGCUGCUGGACCUGGAGCCUGAGGGCGAGAGCAUGAAGAACAACACCAAUGAGCUGCUGUGGGCUGUGGUGACCGCCUUCACCAAAUGAAGCAGGUUCAGUUCUGAUGGACGUGCGAUCAAAUGUAAAACAGUUGGACUGGUAAAAUCAGCUUUGAGAAUUGGUAGACCUGGUGUGUCAAAAUGGAGUCUCAGUUUUCUUUCCUUGUAGAUAUUCCUUCCUCGCUGAUCUCUCUGCAAGAUCUAUGAUUGGGUUUCUUUGUUUUUUGAUAAGGGGACCACUUUAUUUUGUCCUCGUUGAAUCAGUUGUUCAGUUGAAUGCAAUUGGGUACCUUCCCACCGUGGACUGUUGGAGCGUUUACCAUUUGCAUCGCCACGCAAAAUGGCUUUUUUUAAAAAUUCUUUUCUUGUCUGGACAUCUGUUUUGGGUGCCUAACAGAUUUUACAAUUGGAGAAUUAAGCAAGGAUAUAUAUUUUUCCCUUUGUUUUGUUAACAGUUUGUGCAUUUAAUUAAAACGGAUUAAUCUGCAUAUGGUACGACUCAACAGAUGCUCAAGAAAUAAAGUACACUGCAGUGUAUCAUCAUUUUUUGUUUAUUAAAUUUGUCUUCAUAUUAAUAAUGAAGCCUGAAAAGAAACCAAAAAGGACAAAAUCCUGUUACGGUAACAGAUUAGUAAUUUGUGGCAAGUGUUAGUGCUAACAGUGUGUCACAUUCACAGCAUUCUGAUUGCUAGUAAAUGCAAAUUUAGGGAAGGGAAAAAAAGUUCAGGCUGUUAGAGGACCUGUCCGGUUUUACUGGAUAUAUUAUGAGCUUUUUAUUAUUAUAAUUUUUUUAAAUUAUUAUUAUUACUACCAUUCCCUCCGAUUCCCUCGAUUCUUUCUGUUCUGUCCGUAACACCCCACAACUUCAAACUCUACCUCUUCACACAUUUAUUGCGGUGAUUCCUCAUGAGAAUACGGAUUGAUUUAAAUGUACUUUUAUGUGCCUGAGAUUGGUUACAGGAUGCAUAGCUCUCGAGGUGCAGUAUGUACUGUAGCUCUUUUUGACGUGGCAUUAAUGGAGCUAGAUUCAGAAAUUGGUUGUAACUCAGUUCCUCGGAGGCCUCAUACCCUUUGUAUGUGCUACCAGAAACUCAAUUUGAGGACCACAAGAGUUUAAUUCUAAGAAGUCUGUGCUCCCUGAAAAUAAAGGUAUGUAUGGCAUACAGCUUCAUUUUCUUUAAACAUUUUCCCACCGAUAUAUAAAAGUCCUCAAGGUUAUAAGGGAAGUUUUAUGGUGGGGUUUUUUAAUGUUUUUCAUUUCAUGUACUCUCACUUCUAAACAAACAUGGGAUUUAAAAAGAAAUCAUAACCUUCAAAAAUGUGACUUUUAUAUGUAAGAGCAGAUUCCUCCAUUUUCUCAAGUCAGUAUAUUUUUGAUAGUAUGUUAUUAUAAUGAGCUGAUUGGAGGUAGUAUGGUAGGAUGGAUUGGCAUUCUGUCACAAUCUAGUUUAAUCUGUAUAGUUUCUUAUGUAUUCAUACUGCAUACCAUAUGAGCAUCUCUAUCAAUCUUCAUUUUGCCUGGCAUGUAAAUCUAGCACAAGCAUGUCUUAAUUUAGUUUUUUAACACUAUGAAGAUGUGUUAAAAAAGCCUUUGUUCAAUCAUCAUAUUUCAAUGUUUAGUUACUGUCAUUCUUUUGAUUUUUAUUCCUUUUUAUAGCAAUAAUGUAAAAAUCAACAUGCUUUUGUUUUGCUGUUUGUUUCUUUCAGAAUGAUGGUAAAUGCUUGUAUGUAGCGAUGGUCUGGGAAAUCCACCAAUGGUUUGGAAGAGUUGACUUAAGACAUGGGGGAUUUUUGGAGUGUCUGAAAAGUGUCUCGGAGUGAAAGAAAAUUCAAAUCACGUGUGUAGCUUUAGGACUCAAUAUAAAGGGACCCCAAUGUAUAUACUUUCUUAUUACCAUGAAAUAAACUACGGUCUUGAA